AAAUCAAAUCUUUUUUAAUUGCAGAGAGACUUCGUCUUCCCCCGCCCGCAUAAAGUACCUUCUCUGCGAUGAUCUCAUAAAGGGUUUCAAGGCCCCUGCAACUACAAGGCCUCUCUCUAUUCCUUUGAAGCUUUUCUCUAAUCCGUCGUAGUAAUGUACUUUUUUUUCAUAUUAUGAAAUGAUGUCUCUCUUCUGAUUAAACGCAAAAUUACCGCCAUUGUUGAUUAGGAAAAAUUCUCUUUAUUUUGGAACUUUGUUUGGGAAGAAGAAGAAAGGGGUUUGGUGAUGUUGAUUGCGAAAAAUCUCUACUUGCGUUGAAUCCAAAUUUUGAAUUGCUUUAUUUUAAGGAACCAACAGUGCUGUGUGUAGUUAGUUUUACCAUGGAGAAUUAUGGUUCGAAUUCUCCAUACCCUUAUAGACCUCCCAAUUCAGAUCCAUACCCACCUCCCCGACCUUAUCCUUACCCACCACCAUCGCCUCAUCACCAUGCCUCAACCUCUCAUUCGGGUCCAUUACACUACACCCACUCUCCUCCAUCACCGAGUUAUUACUAUGCUUCUUCUGAUUACCAACACCAACCUCCUCCUCCUCCUCUUCCUGCUCCUUAUCCUGCUCAUCCCCAGCCUACCUAUGGUUCUUAUCAACAAGACCCACCCCAACCUGAGCCACAACAUAGUACGAGUCAUGAGAGUGUCACCAGUGCUACUUCCUCUUCCCCAUCUCUUUACCCUCGUCUCGAUGAUCUUUUGCUUGGUUUGAAUCUUUCUGUCAAUCAGCCAACUGUGCCACCACCAUCCCCCUCAGCUCCAUAUUUGCCUUCCCAGUCUUCUGGAUCCUGGCAGGGGAACUUCUAUGAACACCCUACCAACUCUUUUUCAAGUCAUUCACAUUUGUCAUACUCAGGAAGACUAGAUUCUUCUAGUCAUGGUUACGCAUCUGCUGGAUCGCCACAUACUCCCUGUACGCACAUUGUGCCCUUUGGUAAACCCUCCUUGAAGGUCCUCUUGCUGCAUGGGAAUCUCGAUAUUUGGGUUUCUCGUGCAAAUAAUCUACCAAACAUGGAUUUGUUCCACAAGACAUUGGGUGUUGUCUUUGGAAGCAUGACCAACAUGAUUGAAGGCCAGUUGAGCAAGAAGAUCACAAGUGAUCCUUAUGUUUCCAUAUCCCUCGCUGGUGCUGUGGUAGGAAGAACAUAUGUCAUUAGCAACAGCGAAUAUCCUGUCUGGCAGCAGCAUUUUUAUGUCCCUGUUGCUCAUCACGCUGCUGAGGUCCAUUUUGUUGUUAAGGACAGUGACGUUGUGGGUUCUCAGCUUAUAGGAAUCGUUACAAUCCCAGUUGAACAAAUAUACUCUGGUGCAAGAAUUGAAGGGACUUACUCUAUUCGGGACAGCAAUGGAAAGCCUAGUAAACCUGGGGCAACUCUAUCAUUAUCGAUUCAAUAUACUUCAAUGGAUAACCUCAGUUUUUAUCACAGCGGAGUUGGUGCAGGUCCUUAUUACCAGGGGGUUCCUGGAACUUAUUUUCCUCUUAGGGAAGGUGGUAGUGUGACUUUGUACCAAGAUGCACAUGUACCUGAUGGGAUUCUCCCGAGAAUAAAACUCGGCAAUGGAAUGUAUUACGAACAUGGCAAGUGUUGGCAUGAUAUGUUUCAUGCCAUUUGUCAAGCUAGACGUUUGAUUUAUAUUACAGGCUGGUCAGUGUGGCAUAAUGUCAGGCUUGUUCGGGAUAAAGAAGAUCCUGCUUCAGAAUGUACACUGGGUGAGCUCCUAAGAUCAAAGUCCCGAGAAGGUGUGAGAGUCCUGCUUUUGGUUUGGGACGACCCAACUUCACAAAACAUCUUGGGAUACAUGACAGAUGGGGUGAUGGGAACCCAUGACGAGGAGACACGCCGCUUUUUCAAGGACUCCUCAGUUCAAGUCUUGCUAUGCCCUCGAAAUGCUGGAAAGCGACAUAGUUGGGUCAAACAGAGGGAAGUUGGAACCAUCUAUACGCACCACCAAAAAACCUUGAUAGUAGAUGCUGAUGCUGGAGGUAACAGAAGGAAAAUCGUAGCUUUUGUGGGCGGACUUGAUCUUUGUGAUGGCCGAUAUGAUACUCCACAACAUCCGUUGUUUAGGACGCUGCAAACAGAUCAUAAAGGUGACUAUCACAACCCCACUUUCGCGGGUGAUGUGUCGGGUUGUCCAAGAGAACCUUGGCAUGACUUGCACAGUAAGAUUGAUGGCCCAGCUGCGUAUGACGUGCUGACCAAUUUUGAGGAGAGGUGGCUGAAGGCUGCGAAGCCUCACAGAAUCAAUAAAUUGAAGACAUCGUAUGAUGAUGCAUUACUAAGGAUCGACAGGAUUCCAGAUAUAUUAAGAGUUUUUGAUGCUCCUACUGUUAGUGCAAACGACCCCGAGGCUUGGCAUGUUCAGAUUUUCCGUUCAAUCGAUUCAAACUCUGUGAAAGGUUUCCCAAAGGAUCCAAAAUAUGCUACAAGCAAGAAUUUGGUGUGCGGUAAGAAUGUGCUCAUCGACAUGAGCAUACACACUGCAUAUGUAAAGGCCAUUCGUGCAGCUCAACACUUCAUCUACAUCGAGAACCAGUAUUUCAUUGGAUCCUCCUACGACUGGAAUGCUCACAAGGACAUAGGUGCCAACAACCUGAUUCCUAUGGAAAUUGCGUUGAAGAUUGCUGAUAAGAUCAGAUCAAAGGAACGGUUUGCUGCAUAUAUUGUCAUUCCGAUGUGGCCAGAAGGAGUUCCAACCGGCGCCGCUACACAAAGAAUUCUAUAUUGGCAGCACAAGACGAUGCAAAUGAUGUAUGGGACUAUCUACAAUGCUUUAGUAGAGGCUGGCCUCGAAGAUGAAUUCUCCCCACAAGACUAUCUGAAUUUCUUCUGUCUUGGAAAUAGAGAAAUGGUGAACGGAAAUAACGAAUGGGGAACAGGAAGUUCAAGCAACGAGAACACUGCUCAGGCACAAUGUCGAAAGAGCAGAAGAUUUAUGAUAUAUGUUCAUUCAAAAGGGAUGGUUGUUGAUGAUGAGUAUGUGGUAAUUGGAUCUGCAAACAUAAACCAAAGAUCAAUGGAAGGGACAAGAGACACAGAGAUUGCUAUGGGAGCUUACCAGCCUCAACAUACAUGGACACGACGACAGUCUGGUCCACGUGGUCAGAUAUUCGGAUAUAGAAUGUCGCUUUGGGCAGAGCACAUGGCAAUGUCAGAUGAUUGCUUUUUGGAGCCGGAGAAUCUAGUGUGUGUAAGCAAGGUGAGAACAAUGGCGGAGGAGAACUGGAAACAGUUUAGGAGUGAGGAAGUCUCGGAGAUGAGAGGACAUCUGAUGAAAUAUCCGGUGGAAGUUGAUCGGAAAGGCAAAGUCCGGCCACUUCCAGGGAGUGAGGAGUUCCCGGAUGUCGGAGGAAACAUUGUUGGAUCCUUUCUUGCCAUACAAGAGAAUCUCACAAUCUGAUCUCAAAGCAGAGUUGCAUUUAUUUAUGAAUUGAAGAUUGUUAAAUUGUUUUGGGCGUAAGAAGAGCUUAAUGUGUAGACUGUAAACUAUAAUUGAUCGGGCACUGUAAAUAAACUAUGAUAAUAUCUUUGUUAAUUAAUUGCAGAAUAGCGUGCUUCAGCAUG